CUGAUCAAUCAUGGGGCACAAGUUGAGGCCACUGACGGCAAUGGACGUACAUCACUCUCCCUGGCUGCGUUGGCAGGCCAUGUAGAAGUGAUGCAAGCUCUGAUCGACCAUGGCGCACAGAUUGAGACUUCUGACGACAACGGGCUUACAGCUCUUUCUUGGGCUGCACGCAGCGGACACGUACUUGCAGUUCGAUUAUUGCUCAAGUACGGGGCACAAAUUGAAGCGCGUGACAGUUCUGGUCGCACACCUUUGCAUUAUGCUCUAGAUGCUGCCCGGGAUGCUAUCCGAAUCCUGCUCAGCCGUGGCGCAAACAGAGAACAUCGCGACAAGCAGGGGCGUACACCUCUCAUAGAAGCCGCCUCACAAGACAGUCGAGAUGCCAUCAAACUGCUUUUGGAACAUGGGGCACAGGUAGAAGCAUCUGAUCCUGACGGUCAUACUGCUCUCUGGUGGGCCUACAAAAACAGACAUCGCGAUGUCAUCCGGAUCCUAAGAGCCGCAGGUGCGAAGGGAGCCAUUUCAAUAAAGAUGAGGCUUUCAGCCCGGUUUAUGUAG